UUCGAAAGCGGGACAGGCGCCGGCCGGCUGGAGUGGCGCUCAGCCGUAUCUCGCCUGCAGGGACGAAGGCGGGCCAGAUAGCGGUCGUGUCGACAAGACAGUCGACGUCCUGCCGCCAUGGCUUCGUGUCCGCGACCGCAGUUGGUGCUCCUACUAGCGCUUCUGCUUCACGGGGCCCGCUCUUUGCCCACGUCGGACCUCUUCCCUUUCGGCAUCACCCAGGACCAGAGCCUGACCAAGGAGAACGACGUGAGCUCUGCCGAAGUGCAGCUGAGUCACCCCAUCACCUUCUACGGCACGGAGUACUCCACCCUCUACGUGAACGACAACGGCCUGGUGUCCUUCUUGACGGAUGUGCCGAGCUUCUUCAGCGCCGAGUUCCCGCUCCAGUACCCGCUGAUCGCGCCCUUGUACUGCGACGUGGACACGCGCGGUACGGGCCGGGUCUUCUACCGGGAGACCCAGGAGGAGAGCCUGUUGCUGCGUUUCACCGCGCUGGUGAGCAGCCAGUACGCCGCCGCUUCCUUCAGAGCUAGAAGCCUCUUCGUGGCCACCUGGGACGCCGUUGGAUACUACGAGCGUAAGAUCGACAAGGUGAACACGUUCCAGCUGGUCAUCGGAUUCGACGAGCGAGAUGCGUACGCCCUGCUGCUCUACCCCGAAGGGGGCAUCCAGUGGAUCCAGGCCGACGGCAAGGUGCCAUCCCUGCCAGAUGCCAAGGCGCAGGCAGGAUUCAUGUCCGGGGACAAGACACGCUACACGCUGCUCCGGGGCUCCGGCACCGACCACGUGGUCAACCUGGAUAAGAUGGGCAACACGGGCGUGCCCGGCCAGUGGCUGUUCCGCAUCUCCGGUCAGGAUGGGGCCGAGCCGGACUCUGCCGGACGUUCGGGCAGCGACGGCGGCGGCGGCACGUGCGCCAGCGUCAGGGUGCCUUGUCCUCCGUCGUCCGUCUGCGUCGACUACGAGGCCGGCUUCUGCUGCCGCUGCGACCGGGGCUCCUUCGGCAACGGAAAGAACUGUAUCAAGGACGGUGCGGCGCAGCGGGUGAACGGCAAACUGACGGGCAUGGUGAACGAACUUCCGAUCGGGGCCGAGGUGGACUUCCACUCUUACGUGGUGACCGGCGACGGACGCUCAUACACUGCCCUGAGCCGCGUGGCGCCCGUCUCGCUGGCCAGCGACUUGAGGGCGCUGCUCACCCUCGCCGACGUGGUCGGCUGGCUCUUCGCCCUGCCGCAGGGCACAGACGCCGUCAACGGUUUCACGCUCACCGGAGGCGAAUUCAACCGAACUGCCGAGGUGCGCUUCAAGCAAACGGGGCACCAGGUCACGAUACACGAGCACUACCUGGGCGUGGAUGUCUUCAACAUGAUGAAGGUGAACGUGGAAGUCCGUGGAAGCCUGCCCACCAUAUCACAGGGGUCCAAGGUCACCGUAGAUGACUACUCCCAGGACUUCGACCAUGUGUCUCCAGGCGUGGUGAAGGCUCACCUGUCCAACCAGUUCAGCCUGGAAGGCAGUUCGCUGCCAGUCGAGUACACUGUGGACCAGACCAUCGUAUUCUCCGAUUGCCCUCACGCCCCCGUCGGCAAGAAAGGCCUGCAGCGCGUCCAGGUUGGCCGUAACUUCAUCGAUUUGGACACCAAGGACGGCAUCGUGCGCUAUGCACAGACCACAAAGGUUUCCCCCGUCGAUGGUGACCAUCCGUGUCAAGGGAUCCAGUGCGGGGCGCACAGCUCAUGCGUGGCUGAUGGCACGGGACACCGCUGCCAGUGCAACGUGGGCUACGAAACUCUGCACGGUCGGGGACAGCUUCCCAUCUGCGUUGACGUGAACGAGUGCACCUCGGGCCAACACAACUGCCACGUCCACGCCGAGUGCAUGAACCUUGAAGGGAGUUUCGCGUGUCGAUGCAGGCCUGGCUACAACGGAGACGGCGUCAACUGCCAGGGUGAGCCGACGUGUGCGAGCCUGCGCUGCGACCCGGCGGCCGAGUGCGUCCAGCCUAGCCCGGACCAGGCGCCGCAGUGCCGCUGCCCGGCUGGCUUUACGGGCGACGGCAGCAGCUGCGUGCCUUCGGCCACCGACUGCCGCCAGUCCCCGCUGAUGUGCGACGUGAACGCCCAGUGCGAAUACAACGCCCGCACGCGCAGCUACGGCUGCCGCUGCCGGUCGGGCUUCCGUGGCGACGGCGUCUUCUGCGUAGAACAGUCCUGCCUGGAGGCCGACGACUGCCACCCGGACGCCCACUGCGUCUACGACCGGCAGGUGGACGCCUACUUCUGCGCCUGCGACCCGGGCUUCUCGGGAGACGGCUACGUCUGCUACCCGCAAGGACGGCGACCCGGCUGUGAGGUCCUCCACGACUGCCACCCGAGGGCUCAGUGUGUUUUGAACGUGACAUCGGGUCAGCACCAGUGCCGAUGCGUCGCGGGCUACAGGGGCGACGGCUACCAGUGCGUGCAAGGACCGGAGGGCGACUGCAGCCGCUGUGCCCCGACUGGCGGCGCCUGCGUUCGCGAUGCCGACGGCCGUCCCAUGUGCCGCUGCGUCGAGGGCUACGAGGGCGACGGCUACGUCUGCCGGCCGCUGGACGAGUGCUCAACGCUCGAAAACUGCGAUCCUCACGCCCAGUGCCUGUUCGACGGGCGCCGCUACCGCUGCCAGUGCAACGACGGAUACAGCGGCGACGGGAAAGUCUGCGAACCCCGCCAUGACGCAUCGCACACGGGAACUCCGUGCAACCUGGUGAACCGGUGCGGAGCCUCGGCCCAGUGCCUGUACGACCCGGUGUCGCGGGCGCACCGCUGCGUCUGCGAUCCGGGCACCCAGGGCGACGGCUACCGCUGCCUGCCGGCCGCCUCGUGCUUCGACGACCCGUCGCUGUGCGCCCGCAACGCGGACUGCGUGCGGCAGCCCGGCGGCUCGCCCGUGUGCCAGUGCCAGCCCGGGUUCACGGGUGACGGUCGGGCGUGCGCGCCGGCCCCGAGGGACCAGGGAGGUUACCUGCUCUUCGGCCAGGGCAUGUCCAUCUUACAGAUGCCGCUGGCGCCCACCAAAGGUAACCCGGGCAAGCUGCUGCUGAUGGAACAGCAUCAGACGGUGGUAGGACUCGCCUCGGACUGCGCCGACGGACAUAUCUACUGGACGGACGCGGCGUCAGGCACCAUCCGACGCGCCUUCUCGAACGGCUCGUCCCCGGAGACCUUCCGCAGCGGACUCCGGUCGCCCGAGGGCAUCGCCGUCGACUGGGCAUCCCGUAACAUCUUCUGGACCGACUCCCUGGACGACACUGUGGAGGUAGCUUCUCUGGACGGCGCCUACCAUCACGUCAUCGUCCACGACGGCCUGGUCAACCCUCGUGGCAUCGCCGUCCAUCCGGCACUCGGGAAGGUGUACUGGACCGACUGGGACAGGAGCCGUCCGCGCAUCGAGGCGUGCCACAUGGACGGCACCGGCCGCUCGGUGCUGGUCGAAGGCGACGGCCUGGAACUGCCCAACAUGCUGGCGCUGGACCUGGAGCACAACGACCUGUGCUGGACGGACGCCGGACGACGCACCGUCGAGUGCGUCAACCUGAGCGGAGGCGGUCGCCGCACCGUCUACACGCCGGCCCAGUACCCGUUCGGCCUGGCCCUGGCCGCCGGCAAGGUCUUCUGGACAGACUGGGCCAUUCCCUUCAUCCACACUGUGGACAGGAACGGUGGCACGGCUGAACCACUCAAGCUGCCCCUCGGAGGCAACGGGAAGCUAUACGGCAUCACCGCCGUCGCCGGACACUGCCCACAAUUGACCAACGCCUGCAGUCACCAGAACGGAGGAUGUCGCCACCUCUGCCUGCCCAGCGGCCAGUGGGGACGAACGUGCCACUGCGGAGGCAACAGCACCGCCUGCAACGAAGUGAACGCCUGACCUCUCCGGGACAGCCGGCUGAGCUUCGCCAUGUAGGCUCAGCAAAUGUCGUGGUGGCCAGACAGGCACGUCGAUAUCCUAGACUCAUCUCAGUGGGCACAUCGUCAAAAGUCUCAUCGGGCAAAACGAAACAUGAGUCGCGUUUUUCUUACUUCGCAAAAACCUCGAACAAAAUCAUCCGAAGGCAUUUCGUCUCUAAGACCUCUAGUAGAGAAUGUCAACACUUGCUAGAGACAAAGUCCUAGUGCUGAAGUUUUCAGCGUCACCUAAGGAAGGCCUACAGGCACACAUUGAACACGACCGCUGCGUCAGCGCACGGAUUGGACUCCUGCCCUCACUGAUUGGACACGAUUCCCAGCCGAAUGAUGACGCACAACUCGUAUCCAAUCUCUGCCCACCGUUGCCCUUCUUUGGGGGACGCCGAAAAUUCAGCACUAUGGCCUUGGUAUCGAGGAAGCGUUGGGAAUGUGCAACAGAUUGAUUUAAGAACGAGCUGUCCAGUUCUACGUAAAAUUAGACAGAAAACUGACGAAUAAUAAUUUAUGUGGUGCAUCGCGCCCGCAAUUGGGAAUGUAAAUAAAACAUCUGAAGCACGG